AAAGUCUUUAAGUAUUAAAGUAGAUUUACUAUAUAAAAAUGCCAAUGCAAGUAAUAAAUUCUCUUUUACUGCAUGCCUUGUCUAGAUAUAAUAUCAUUUGAAAUUCUUGAUCUUGUUCAGGUCUACCUCAUCUGCAGCAGAAAGUAGAAUGAAGUAGGAAUUUCAAGAAAUUUUCUUAGAAUUAGGUGGUAAAUUUAUAUGCAGAAUUUACAGAGGCUGUAACUACAAGAUGGAUGCUAUGAACUGGAAUUUAAAACAGCCAUGUGUAGGGAGCUCAUCGUUAACAGAUGUACGAAACAAAUUAUUUCCAAAGAGUAAACUUGAUCGAGCACCAGUAUUAAGUGAACCAAAGUACACGCCAAAAACAUUAGUGGGCAACUGGUAUGAGCGCAGAGCAGAACAUGUACCUCAAUCUGAUAAUUGGAAAACAACGUAUGACAUAGAUUAUAAAGCUCAUAUUAAUAAAACUUGGGAAAAAAAUCAGAAUGCAAAGUGGGAUAACAAACUGAAACUUGAGGGUUUAGCUCAAGAAAUAUUACUAAAUCAUAGAAAGGAGUAUAGAGACAACAUGACAACAACUUAUGAUUUAUGUUAUAAUAUUUUACCAAAAGAUCUUCAAGAACCUAGAAUUAGAUCUUAUAAUGCAAGACAACGAAAAUGGAUACCUGAAUUAGAUUUGACAAAAAGUUUUGGUACACUGACAAACUUUGGGUUAAAAGAUAUGAUGGAAGAAGAAAUAUAUAGGAAUUCGGAAGAAGGAAUAGCCAAAUGUCGAUGGGGCACUACUUACACAGAGGAAGUUGGAAGACUGAAACCAAUAGAUACCGAACCAAACAUUAAAUUCCGCAGACGUGUAGUGGAUUUUAAUGUACCAGAUCUUAAACACCUUGAACGUAAAUUACCAAAGGCAAAGCACUGCUUAUUUCUAAUAUAAAUUCAACAUUAAAAAUCAACAUAAAUUUAAAUAUAAAUUUAAUAUCCCAGGUAAAGAUAUUAUAAUAUUUAUUAAAUUAUUUUAACAUUAUGUUGUAACAUAAUAAACAUGCUAUAUGUACUUACAAAUAUGUAGAAUGCUAGGAAUUUUGUAAUUCAUACAUAUAUAAAAAAUUGUGGAACAGUAUGUAUUUUUUAGUACUUGUUUCAAAUGCAUUAAAAAUUGCAAUUUAUUAGCAGUCUUAUGAGUCAAAAUUGAAAAAAAAGAAAGCAAUAGUUAUAUGGAGGCACAGAGUUAUAAACGUAGUACAAUUAGACUUAAAAGUUUAA